CACUUCUGAAUUUCCUGACUGCGUACUAACACUAACUCUAGUCAUCGAUGGGAGUCUCCGACGAGUUGUCAGCAUGGCUGCCAUACCUGAUAGACGACAUAUACGGCAAUUUCAGCAGCGACGAUGAAGCGAAGCAGGUUGAUUCCGACACUGAGUUAACUGCUGUCGAGAGUGGUGGCGGUGAAGCGCCUCGUUCAAGAGAGCUCGUUAGUGAGAGGACGACAGCCCGCAGAGAAUACAGCCUGGUGCCUUACUCCACCGCCAUUCAACGUCGCAAGAAGGCUGAGUUACACGCGCUACGGUUGGAAGUACAGUAUUUGACGACUAAGUUGGCGCGUUUUCGUCAAGCUCCAAGCGAAGCUCAACCGGUAAACCGGAUCACAAAAUCGCGCGCUGAUCACAUUGAACUGAGAGAGUGGCAAAAUCGAGCGACAGCCGAGUGUGAGAAGAGGAUACAGGCGGAACACUCGAACCAAAAACUGAAAGCCAUUUAAGGCGGCAGUUCAAGGUCUUCCAGUCUGUUCGAAAGAGACUUCGACAAAUCGAUACACAUGAGGAAUUGGAGUUUCUCAAGCAACUACCAAUUGUCGAUUGGCCGGUAUUUCAGCCUGAUUUUAGCGAUUUCAUUCUAUCUGAAUUGUCAAGCAAUUUAGGGCAUCUACGUCCACAAGCUGACUUUAUUCUGCCGGCGCCGAGCCCAAAUAUCUCUGUGACGUUUCACACUCAAACCGGGUACAUUGUGGGGAGUGGACACUGCUUCGAAAUGACCUCGAUCACGCCGUUGGCAUGCACAGCAUGCGAAGCGGGGGAUCUUCUCUGGCGAUUUAUCUCCAGCAAGGACAACAACGCUGCUGAAACGGUUUUUUCUUUUGUAAGUACUCUUAUAAUGAUUGCGAGUUAUCCCCACUGACUUCUAUCUGUGUUUAUAUUGAUAGGCACGAGCGCGAAUCCCGCAACAUGCCGAUCAGUACGAUAUAAGCUGCAUAGCAUCCCUGUUAAUGCAAGAUACCAGCCAGGUACCUUUGUAUGUGGACGCGGUAAGUGCGUUCCGCAAAUAUAAAGAGAAUGAUCGAGCCGUCAUCGUCGGUUCAAUGAUGUGGCUGCUUCCAAUCGAAGGACUUGAGUUUGAAGGCAAAUAUUGGUCAGUUAUGGAUCCUUCGCCAUCGGAUCCUUCACAGGCAUCGGUGAUUUGAUUUUGCUACAAACUACAAGUGAAAAAUGGUGGAACGAAAUCAGCUAGUCGUAUUCAACAGGUUAUGAACAGCAUCGGUAACCAAGUUCGACUUUAUCUGCAAUUGCAGCAGGAUGCCUUCCUCAGCGCAGCAAGUCCAAUCAAAGGCUGUUAACAAUUGCGAUCGCCGAUUAGAUUUUUAUCUGAUCGAAUAAAUCGCACACUCCUCACGGUUAUCUGUUCGUUUCUUCGACUUUCGGUUAAUGCUGAGCUGUGGUGCUGGGCGUCAUCUUGCUGGAAGGGGUCUUGAUGUACAUUCCUGAUCAAUGUUCCGGUCAAUCAACGUGAUGAGAAUGUUAAUCACG